AUGGAGACUGGCGCUGGCCCACAUCCGCUGCGCCUGUUCGUCUGCCUGAUGCCACUCUGUCUCGCGUUGCUUUUGGGACCAGGGAGGCCCGGGACCGCCGAGGAAGUCAUCCUCCUGGAUUCCAAAGCCUCCCAGGCUGAGCUGGGCUGGACUGCACUGCCAAGUAAUGGGUGGGAGGAGAUCAGCGGCGUGGAUGAACAUGACCGUCCCAUCCGCACGUACCAGGUGUGCAACGUGCUGGAGCCCAACCAGGACAACUGGUUGCAGACUGGCUGGAUCAGCCGCGGCCGCGGGCAGCGCAUCUUCGUGGAGCUGCAGUUCACACUGCGCGACUGCAGUAGCAUUCCCGGCGCCGCGGGCACCUGCAAGGAGACUUUCAACGUCUACUACCUGGAAACCGAGGCCGACCUGGGCCUCGGGCGUCCCCGCCCAGGCGGCAGCCGACCCCGCAAGAUCGACACGAUCGCGGCUGAUGAGAGCUUCACGCAGGGCGACCUGGGCGAGCGCAAGAUGAAGCUGAACACAGAGGUGCGCGAGAUUGGUCCGCUCAGCCGGCGAGGUUUUCACCUGGCCUUCCAGGACGUGGGCGCAUGCGUGGCGCUGGUCUCCGUGCGCGUCUACUACAAGCAGUGCCGCGCCACGGUGCGGGGCCUGGCGGUGUUCCCAGCCACCGCGGCUGAGAGCGCCUUCUCCACGCUGGUGGAGGUGACCGGAACGUGCGUGGCGCACUCAGAAGGGGAGCCCGGCAGCCCCCCGCGCAUGCAUUGCGGCGCCGAUGGCGAGUGGCUGGUGCCCGUGGGCCGCUGCAGCUGCAGUGCGGGAUUCCAGGAACGUGGUGACAUCUGUGAAGCCUGUCCCCCAGGGUUUUACAAGGUGUCCUCGCGGCGGCCCCUCUGCUCGCCGUGCCCAGAGCACAGCCGCGCCCUGGAAAACGCCUCCACGUUCUGCGUGUGCCAGGACAGCUACGCGCGCUCGCCCACCGACCCGCCCUCGGCUUCCUGCACCCGGCCGCCGUCGGCGCCGCGGGACCUGCAGUACAGCCUGAGCCGCUCCCCCCUGGCGCUGCGGCUGCGCUGGCUGCCGCCGGCCGACUCGGGCGGCCGCUCGGACGUCACGUACUCGCUGCUGUGCCUGCGCUGCGGCCGCGAGGGCCCGGCGGGCGCGUGCGAGCCGUGCGGGCCGCGCGUGGCCUUCGUGCCGCGCCAGGCCGGGCUCCGCGAGCGCGCCGCCACCCUGCUCCACCUGCGGCCCGGCGCGCGCUACACCGUGCGGGUGGCCGCGCUCAACGGCGUCUCGGGCCCGGCGGCCGCCGCGGGAGCCACCUACGCGCAGGUCACCGUCUCCACCGGGCCCGGGGCGCCCUGGGAGGAGGAUGAGAUCCGCAGGGACCGAGUGGAGCCCCAGAGUGUGUCCCUGUCGUGGCGGGAGCCCAUCCCCUCUGGAGCCCCCGGGGCCAACAGCACGGAGUAUGAGAUCCGAUAUUACGAGAAGGGUCAGAGUGAGCAGACUUACUCCACAGUGAAGACAGGGGCGCCUGCGGUCACCGUCACCAACCUGAAGCCGGCCACUCGCUACGUCUUUCAGAUCCGGGCGGCUUCCCCGGGGCCCUCCUGGGAGACCCAGAGCUUCAACCCCAGCAUUGAAGUGCAGACCCUGGGGGAGGCUGCCUCAGGGUCCCGGGACCAGAGCCCCGUGGUCGUCGUCACCGUGGUGACCAUCUCAGUCCUCCUUGUCCUGGGCUCCGUGAUGAGUGUGCUGGCCAUUUGGAGGAGGCCCUGCAGCUAUGGCAAAGGAGGUCGGGAUGCCCACGAUGAGGAGGAGCUGUAUUUCCACUUCAAAGUCCCGACACGCCGCACGUUCGUGGACCCCCAAAGCUGUGGGGACCCGCUGCAGGCCGUUCAUCUGUUUGCCAAGGAGCUGGAUGCGAACAGCGUCACACUGGAGAAGAGCCUUGGAGCAGGGCGGUUUGGGGAGCUGUGCUGCGGCUGCCUGCAGCUCCCUGGCCGCCAGGAGCUCCCCGUGGCGGUGCACACGCUGAGCGAGGGCUGCUCCGACUCUCAGAGGCUCAGCUUCCUGGCCGAGGCCCUCACCCUGGGCCAGUUCGACCACAGCCACGUGGUGCGGCUGGAGGGGGUCGUGACCCGAGGAAGCACCUUGAUGAUUGUCACUGAGUACAUGAGCCAUGGGGCCCUGGAUGGCUUCCUCAGGCGGCAUGAGGGCCAGCUGGUGGCCGGGCAGCUGAUGGGGCUGCUGCCCGGGCUGGCGUCGGCCAUGAAGUAUCUGUCAGAGAUGGGCUACGUUCACCGGGGCCUGGCCGCCCGCCGUGUGCUGGUCAGCAGCGGCCUCGUCUGCAAGAUCUCGGGCUUUGGGCGGGGACCCCGGGACCGAGCAGAGGCUGUCUACACCACCAUGAGUGGCCGGAGCCCGGCCCUGUGGGCCGCCCCCGAGACGCUUCAGUUUGGCCACUUCAGCUCUGCCAGUGACGUGUGGAGCUUUGGCGUGGUCAUGUGGGAGGUGAUGGCCUUUGGAGAACGGCCCUACUGGGACAUGUCUGGCCAAGACGUGAUCAAGGCCGUGGAGGAUGGCUUCCGGCUGCCGCCCCCCAGGAACUGCCCCAUCCCCCUGCACCGGCUGAUGCUUGACUGCUGGCAGAAGGACCCGGGUGAGCGGCCCAGGUUCUCCCAGAUCCACAGCAUCCUGAGCAAGAUGGUGCAGGACCCAGAACCCCCAAAGAGUGCCGCGACCACCUCUCCCAGGCCUCCCACCCCGCUGGCGGACCGUGCCUUCUCCACUUUCCCCUCCUUUGGCUCCGUGGGCGCGUGGCUGGAAGCCCUGGACCUGGGCCGCUACAAGGACAGCUUCACUGCGGCUGGCUAUGGGAGCCUGGAGGCCGUGGCCACCAUGGCUGCCCAGGACCUGGUGAGCCUGGGCAUCUCCUCGGCGGAGCAUCGGGAGGCCCUCCUCAGCGGGAUCAGCGCCCUGCAGGCCCACGUCCUCCAGCUGCAGGGCCAGGGGGUGCAGGUGUGAGGGGCCCUACUCUCCCAACCCUGACGAGGACCUGGCCGGCUGCGCUCCACCCAUGCAGAAGUGAGGGCUCACCUCCUCCACGUGGGCCCAGAGCUUGUUUGGGGCCACAGUUCCCCCAUUUCACUGCCUACUCCUCCCAUUUUUCCUAGUCUAAACACCUUGGCUGACCCUGUCCCCCUGGAGAAAAGAUCCACAUCGCUAAGGAGGCCCCCUGAGAUAACAGUGGGAAGAAAUGCAGGGUCUCAGAGACCGCAGCAGGCAGGGCCAGGGAGGGUAGGCAUGGCUUCAAGUUGUCAGGUUCAUGCCCUCUGUCUUCCACACCCAGUGGGUGUAGGGCCUACCCCAGUGGGUACCCCAUUUUCCUACUGACCCAUUGGCCAGCAGGCAGCACGGGUCCCUCAUGGAUGGGCCCGCGUUAGACCUAGCAGGGACCACAGGGCUGCCUGGCAGCCCAUCCUGAUGGACCCUGGAGGGGCAGGGUCCUCAGCUCCCUGUGCUUGGGCUGUGCCCUGUCUGGUCCUGAGGCCCGGGUAGGCAAAGGUGGUGCUGAGCUCAGAGGCUGGACCUGCAGGGUCCGAGACCCAGGAGCUGCUUUCUGCUUCCCCUGCCCUUGGGCUGACAGUUCAGGAUGAGGGUGAGGAUUCUGGUAGGCCACUCAAGGUCCUGGUGCUCUCCUGAGGCCCCACGAGGCCUCCCCUUUGCAUUCCUUUUAUAAACUCACUGGCCAGGACAUCUGGGAAGAGCAUGAGGGGACAUGUUUUCUCCCAGGGGACCCAAGAGCUUUGCUCUCCAGCCUUGGAUAUGGUGACGGCAGGACUCGCAGAGAUGGGCCUUCUCUAACAGGCUGGGCCAAGCCUCACUGUACAGAUGGAAAGCCAGGGCCCAGUGAGGAGUCGGGGACGGGACUCAUGCACCCAACUCCCAAUCUAGGGCUAAGGGGGGCUCUGGGGACAGUCCUGGGUCCUGCUCUGUGACACCAAUUCUCCUGGGAUAGCCCAGGGGGACUUUGAGGAGACCCCUCCUGCAAGCUCCAUCCCCUGGGCGCCACCCAGCCUCUCAGGGAGCGCCUCCGCCCUCUGGCUUCUGCAGAGCUCUGGCAGAAGCAGUUGUGCCGAGCUGACUCCAGAGUCCCUUAUCCAGAAGGACUUCCCAGAAGCGGUGGUGACGUGAGGCUGGGGCUUCAUAGGACAGCAGGAAGGCAGCUGAUCUGGAUAGGGCCGCAGGGGCUGAGUUUGUCCAGGUCCCCCUGAUAUACGCCUGCUCCGGGUGUGGCUGUGUGCAGGUGCGAUGGGAGGGGUGGGAAGGAGGGACAAGGGCGAACAAGACACAGAGCCGGCCCUUGGGGCUCAGACUAGGUGGGGAGGUGAGCUCAGGCACUGAGAAGUACUACAGGGGUGCCUUCCAGCAGUGCCCCGGGGCCAACAGGAGACCUUAUGGCAGUGGGCUGGAGGGGCAGAUGGACGCUCUCUUGGUGUGUGUGUAUGGAGGGUGUCUUGGCUGAGAGGCUGACGCAUCACUGAAGAGGGCCUCGAAGGUGGGGGAGGGUUCUUUCCUGAGUGUUGGUGGAGUUUUCCGCAGACCAAGAUGGAGGAGACCAAGCGAGGGGCCAGCAUGAGGAGGAGGCUGGAGGCUAGGGGAGUCGGUGCGUCUUCCGGGAGCGCCCAUGGUGAGGGACGGUGCCUCCCAGCAGUGCCUUGGGCCUCGCCUGCCAGCAGCAGCUCGUCUCUCUUUGGAGCACCCCCCACUCCUUGCUCCCCCAUCUCCUAAGCACCUGCCCCAGCUCGGUGACUUUGGGGGGCCUGGGAGAGACGGAGAUAAUGCUUCCACUUUUGACAAGGCUAGAGGGUCCUAUGCCAGGUGCCCUCCAGGCUCUGUCCUCCCACCCCUGGAAGCCUCGAAAGGACACAGCAUGGGGACCAGUGUCCCGUCCUGGGUGGAGGGAGCCUCAUCCCUAUCUCCGGCUUCAUCAGUCAUGCUCUAAGGGUCAAAGUCUCCUCCCGUCCCCCACUGUCCUGCAGAGGGGCCCGGCUGUGUUGGCAGGACUUCGGCAUCCAGGGUAGGCCUCCCCUCCACUGAAGAGUGAGGUCCCAGAAUCCAGAGGGUCCCGGGCCUCAGCCUGCACAGGUGCUGGUGUGAUGCGGGCUGACGGCUCGCUGGGAGCCCUCUACAGAUCUAUUUUUAUAUGGAACUUGUUCAUUGGACAGAGGGCGGUGGCCUGCAUCCCCCCAUCACCCCCAUCUGAGCCCAUCCAGGGAGGGAAGGGGCUGGUUGGGGAGGCGGGUCCUUUGACUAAUUCUGGCAAUGUUUUUAUAUUUCUUGGGUUCUAUAUGCAGGACAAAGUAAUAAAAACUUGUCU